AAUGGAUAAUCAUAAAUAUAAGGUGACACUAAAUAUGUAUGAUUUGUCUUAAGGAAUGGCCAGAUAAUUUUCACCUAUGUUUUUAGGUAAACAAAUAGAUGCAAUAUGGCAUACUGGAAUUGUAGUAUAUGGAAAAGAAUAUUAUUUCGGUGGAGGUAUUUGUGCUUAAACUCCAAAAUCAACUAUUUAUGGAUAUCCUAUAGAGGUUAUAUAAUUUAUUCUAAAAAUUAGGAAAGAGAAUUGGGAGAAACAGAAAUACCUCAAAGUACAUUUGAAGAAUUCUUAAGAAGUAUAAGUUCUAAAUAUACAAUGGAAAAAUAUGACUUAUUUGAAAAUAAUUGCAAUAAUUUUACUAAUGAAUGUGCCAUGUUUUUAGUUGGUAAAGGUAUUCCUGAACAUAUAACAGGUAAUCUAUUAAUUACUAUUCACAUUAGGAUUACCCUAAGAAUUUUUAAAUACUCAAUUAGGAUAAAUGCUUAAACCCAUAAUUGAGUAAAUUACUAAUAAAUAGGCUACAGAUUAAACUGAACAUUUUACUGAUCUUUAGAAUUAACAAUAAUAGGCACCAUCAAGUUUCUAAUAUAUUAAUCCUUAAAUAAUAAAUUAACCACAUCCCCAAUCAUCAUAACCUGUUUCCUUGAAUCAAAAGGUUUAACCUGCUUAAUAACCACCAUAACAAUAAUCAAUAACAGAUACUAAUGUUACUCCUAUUGAUGAUUUAGCAACAUUUUUUUGUCUUAUAGAGAGUAGUCCAUUCAGUAUUGUUGAUUUUUAUACUGAUUGGUGUGGUCCAUGCAAGACUAUAAAACCACUAUUUCAUUAAUUAUCUUUAUAACAUCCUCACAUAAAUUUUUAUAAUGUGAAUAUUGAUAAGGUAACCUACAAAUGAGAAUUAUUAAGGUCAAGGAGAUUGCAGAUUCAUUAUAAGUGACUAGUAUUCCAACAUUUAUUAUAUAUGAAAAUGGACAAUAGAAAGAGAGAUGGACAGGUGGAAACCAAUAAACAUUAAUAAAUAAUUUAUAAAAAUUAAGAUGA